UAGUGGGAAGGUCAGAAGCUGAGCAGGCAGCUUGACUGAGGCACUGAGUGCCACUCCAGAAAUCAAGAGGCUAGCAAAUUUUAGAGGGAGUUUAAGUGGGUAAUAGCUAGCUGUAAAGGUACAGCCACUGUUGGCACAGUUGACUCAUAGGUUCUCCCCCCACCAAGGAGAAUAUUUUUAUUGACCACAGGUGGACUUAAUAUAUUUUAAGGCAACAGUUCUUUGGGUUCUUGUUUGUUUCUUCACAGAUAUUGAAUUUGCUGCUUUUGAGAAUUUUUUGUACUUAAUGGUGGUGAACUGGAGGAAAGUUUAACAGAAAAGCUUUCAGGAGAUGUAGGAUCUAAGGAAGAAGGCACAUUUGUGUCAACAUAGUGUACGUUUUCUCAUCUUUUCUCAUUGCACACUAAUGACACAAAGCUGCCACUGAAGCUCUCUUCAGUUUCUUUUGUUGUUUCAGAGAGUAAGGUUUAUUGUUAUUCUUGAGUUAAGAAGAACAAGAGAGUGGUACAUUUGUCCUCCUAAAUUUGUAGAUUUUAUUAGAAGAUGAAUGUUCCUUACCUUUUAAGUUUAGAAAGGAUAGCUUUUUUCCCUGGCUGCUUUUAUGAGAUGUCAGAAGAGGCAGAAGUGGAUGUGAGAGACAGAGACACACAGAGACACAGAGAGCGAAAGAGGGCAAGAGACUUGACUUUAAGAGACUCCUGCACUGACAGCUCCAUGCAGUUCGGAACAAGAGCGGCAACGACCGAAUCUAGUUUCAUGGGGACAUGGCAGAACACUGACACUAACCUUCUAUUCAGAAUGUCCCAACAGGCCAUCCGCUGUACACUGGUAAAUUGCACAUGUGAAUGUUUUCAGCCAGGGAAGAUUAACCUGAGAACCUGUGAUCAGUGUAAACAUGGCUGGGUGGCCCAUGCUUUGGACAAGCUUAGCACUCAGCAUCUGUACCAUCCAACCCAGGUGGAGAUUGUGCAGUCCAACGUAGUGUUUGACAUCAGCAGCUUGAUGCUGUACGGUACCCAGGCCGUACCUGUGAGACUGAAGAUACUGCUUGAUCGACUCUUCAGUGUUCUGAAGCAAGAAGAGGUGCUGCACAUCUUGCAUGGCUUAGGCUGGACACUUCGUGACUACGUUAGGGGUUACAUCCUUCAGGAUGCUGCAGGCAAGGUGCUGGACCGCUGGGCCAUCAUGUCCAGGGAAGAAGAAAUUAUUACCCUUCAGCAGUUUCUGAGAUUUGGGGAAACCAAAUCCAUCGUGGAGCUGAUGGCAAUUCAAGAAAAAGAAGGGCAGGCCGUGGCUGUGCCAUCUUCAAAGACAGACUCAGAUAUAAGGACUUUUAUUGAAAGCAAUAAUCGCACCAGGAGCCCGAGUCUCCUUGCUCACCUGGAGAACAGCAACCCUUCCAGCAUUCAUCAUUUUGAAAACAUCCCUAACAGCCUUGCAUUCCUCCUACCGUUCCAGUACAUAAAUCCAGUAUCUGCUCCGCUGCUGGGUUUACCUCCAAAUGGUCUCCUGCUGGAACAGCCAGCAAUGAGGCUGCGUGAACCUAGCCUUACAACCCAAAAUGAAUAUAAUGAAAGCAGUGAAUCUGAAGUUUCUCCCACGCCAUUCAAGAAUGAGCAGGCAUCCAGCAGGAAUGCUCUGACCAGCAUCACAAAUGUUGAACCCAAAACUGAGCCAGCUUGUGCAUCUCCUGUUCAGACAUCUACACCUGUCAAUGAUUUGACCAAAACGGAGCACGCAAAAAGCUCAUUCAGGAUCCACAGAAUGAGGAGAAUGGGGUCAGCAUCAAGAAAAGGGAGAGUGUUCUGCAAUGCAUGUGGUAAAACUUUCUAUGACAAAGGUACUCUCAAAAUUCACUACAAUGCAGUCCAUCUUAAAAUCAAGCACCGGUGCACUAUUGAAGGCUGCAACAUGGUCUUUAGUUCUCUUAGAAGUCGCAAUCGUCACAGCGCUAACCCAAACCCACGUCUUCACAUGCCUAUGCUAAGGAACAACCGAGACAAAGAUCUAAUCCGUGCUACAUCAGGAGCUGCCACCCCCGUUAUAGCAAGUACAAAAUCCAGCCUAACUUUAACAAGCCCUGGUCGUCCUCCAAUGGGCUUUACCACUCCCCCUCUAGACCCUGUACUACAGAACCCUCUUCCUAGCCAGUUGGUGUUUCCAGCUUUAAAGACUGUCCAGCCUGUUCCCCCUUUUUACAGAAAUCUACUUACUCCUGGAGAGAUGGUGAGCCCUCCGACCUCACUACCUACCAGUCCUAUAAUACCAGCCACAAGUGCAUUGGACCAACAUCCCCCUCCAGAGCCGUCAACACCUACAGUGGUCAUGCCCACCCCUGAGCUUAAUGCUGACCUUGCCCCCAAGAAGAAACCAAGGAAGUCAAGCAUGCCGGUUAAAAUAGAAAAGGAAGUUAUUGACACAGCUGAUGAGUUUGAUGAAGAUGAAGAGACUAAUGACAACAGCACAAUGGCUAAUGAUAUUGGUCAUGACAAUCAUUGCCAUUCUCAGGAGGAAAUGAGCCCAGGUUUGUCUGUGAAAGAUUUUUCUAAAAGUGAUAGAAGCAGGUGCAUUUCCAGGACAGAGAUAAGAAGGGCAGACAGCAUGACAUCAGAAGACCAGGAGCAUGAAAGAGACUAUGAAAAUGAGUCAGAAUCUUCAGAGCCAAAAUUGUGUGAGGAAUCCAUGGAAGGUGAUGAAAUGCAUGAAAGAUCUAUGAUAAACAGGCCAGAUGAAAAUCACAAUGAAUCUUCUAACCAGGAUGUAAUUAAGGUGAAGGAAGAGUUUACAGACCCUACAUAUGAUAUGUUUUACAUGAGCCAAUAUGGACUGUAUAAUGGAGGCAGCGCAAGUAUGGCUGCUCUUCAUGAAAGUUUCACUUCAACAUUCAGCUACAACAGCCCUCAGAAGUUCUCCCCAGAAGGUGAGCUGUGCUCAAGCCCUGAUCCCAAGAUCUGCUAUGUGUGCAAGAAGAGUUUCAAGAGUUCCUACAGUGUGAAGCUGCACUACAGGAAUGUUCAUUUAAAAGAGAUGCAUGUCUGCACAGUGGCUGGCUGUAAUGCUGCCUUUCCAUCACGGAGAAGCAGAGACAGACACAGUGCUAACAUAAACCUGCACCGUAAACUGUUGACCAAAGAACUGGAUGACAUGGGACUGGACACUUCUCAGCCCUCUCUUAGUAAGGACCUCCGUGAUGAAUUUUUGGUGAAGAUAUAUGGUGCCCAGCAUCAGAUGGGUCUUGACAUAAGGGAAGACACAUCCUCGCCAGCUGGUACUGAGGAUUCCCACAUGAAUGGGUAUGGAAGGGGCAUGUCUGAAGACUAUAUGGUCCUAGACCUGAGCACCACUUCCAGCAUCCAGUCUAGCAGCAGUAUCCAUUCCUCAAGAGAAUCUGAUGCAGGAAGCGACGAGGGGAUUCUCCUAGAUGAUGUUGAUGGAGCAAGUGACAGUGGGGAAUCUGCCCACAAAGCGGACAACCCUACCUUAGCUGUAGGUAUGGGUGCUGAUGUUCCAGGAUCCCUCAUGUUCAACAGCGUUUCAGUGAGCAACGGUGGGAUAAUGUGUAACAUUUGCCACAAAAUGUACAGCAACAAAGGGACUCUUAGGGUGCACUAUAAAACAGUGCACUUACGAGAAAUGCACAAGUGCAAAGUCCCUGGGUGCAACAUGAUGUUCUCCUCUGUCCGCAGCCGAAAUCGGCACAGUCAGAACCCUAAUCUGCAUAAAAACAUUCCGUUUGCUUCAGUAGAUUAGUUCCAACGUGGACACGGCAAAUGCCAGCUCUCACGGAGGGCCAAUCACAUUUGAACUGCCAUAUACAGUCUAUAUAUAUAUAUAUAUAUAUAUAUAUAUAUAUAGACUGUAUAUGGCAGUUCAAAUGUGAUUGGCCCUCCGUGAGAGCUGGCAUUUGCCGUGUCCACGUUGGAACUAAUCUACUGAAGCAAACGGAAUGUUUUUAUGCAGAUUAGGGUUCUGACUGUGCCGAUUUCGGCUGCGGACAGAGGAGAACAUCAUGUUGCACCCAGGGACUUUGCACUUGUGCAUUUCUCGUAAGUGCACUGUUUUAUAGUGCACCCUAAGAGUCCCUUUGUUGCUGUACAUUUUGUGGCAAAUGUUACACAUUAUCCCACCGUUGCUCAC